AUGCCGACGCUAACAAAGCUUUACUCAAUGGAAGAAGCGUCGCAGCACAACACCCAGGAAGAUUGCUGGGUUGUCAUUGACGGAAAGGUUUAUGAUGUGUCUUCAUAUUUGGACGAACACCCAGGUGGAGAUGAUGUCUUACUAAGGGCAACUGGAAAAGAUGCCACCGAUGAAUUCGAAGAUGCUGGGCAUAGCAAGAGUGCAAGGGAACUUAUGGAGAGUUUCUGCAUUGGGGAACUAGACCCUACUACCCCAGCCAUUCCUAAGCUGGAGAUUGUCUCUAAGAAUCAAGAAGUUGAUGGCAUUUCCCAAAAGGUCAUUAACCUCAGUAAACAAUACUGGGUUAUUCCAGUUGCUGUAGGCUUAUCAGUGGUGGUUGGCUUCCUGUACCUGCGCAAGAAGUAA